AUAAGGCCAGGGCUCCCAGAAGCACCCUCAGAGAGCAGCGCGAGCACAGAGCACCUUUCCGUCAUCUUGUCCUCUGGGAACUGGCCACUGGUGGGCGUUGUGGCUAUUCAUGGAACACCCAAGGUUACAAAAAGGAGAACUUGCUCUCCUCUUGUCAUUCUGAAAAACUUAUGAAACUGGACCUCCAUUUCUAUCGGCACACGGGAAGCUGAGGAUUUCCUACUGGGGCAGAACCUUGAAUCUCAAACUCCUGAAGAAAUCCCAGAAGCAAAGACUUUGGCACAAAAUCCCUGGGGACCCAGAGAGGCCAGGAUGGAGACUGCAACCACCACCAAGGACUAUGAAUCAAUCACAGAAUAUGACUAUGGAGACACAACUCCAUGCCAGAAGGUGGCUGAGAGGGCCUUCGGGGCCCAGCUGCUGCCCCCCUUAUACUCUCUGGUAUUUGUCAUUGGCCUGGUGGGCAAUGUCCUGGUGGUCUUGGUCCUCACACAGUAUAAGAGGCUACAGAGCAUGACCAGCAUCUACCUCUUCAACUUGGCCAUUUCUGACCUGCUCUUCCUCUUCACAUUGCCCUUCUGGAUUGACUACAGGCUGAAGGAUGACUGGGUUUUCGGCAAUGCCAUGUGUAAGCUCCUCUCUGGGCUCUAUUACAUAGGCUUGUACAGCGAGGUCUUCUUCAUCAUCCUGCUGACCCUUGACAGGUACUUGGCCAUCGUCCACGCUGUGUUCGCCCUGCGGGCCCGGACGGUCACCUUUGGCAUCCUCACCAGCCUCAUCACCUGGGGCCUGGCCAUCUUGGCUUCCAUCCCGGGUUUGUACUUUUCCAAGUCCCAGCGGGAGUUCACGCAUCACACCUGUAGUCUUCACUUCCCUCAUGAGAAUCUGAAAAUGUGGAGACAGUUCCAGGCCCUGAAACUGAACCUGCUGGGGCUGGUUCUGCCUCUGCUGGUCAUGGUCGUAUGCUACACGGGCAUCAUACAGAUCCUGCUCAAACGACCCAAUGAGAAGAAGACCAGGGCUGUCCGGCUAAUCUUUGUCAUCAUGCUCAUCUUCUUUCUCUUUUGGACCCCCUACAAUCUGACUGUGUUUGUGUCUGCUUUCCAAGACACCCUGUUCACCCGUCCGUGUGAGCAGAGCAAACAACUGGACAUGGCUACCCAAGUGACAGAGGUGAUCGCCUAUACCCACUGCUGCGUCAACCCUGUCAUCUAUGUCUUUGUGGGCGAGAGGUUCCGGAAGUACCUGCGCCAGCUCUUCCACAUGCACCUGGCUAAAUGGCUCCCCUUCCUCUCCCCUGAGAGGCUGGAGAGAGUCAGUUCCAUGUCCCCCUCCACAGGAGAGCAUGAGCUCUCAGCUGGGCUCUGACCUGGCCCCCAGCAGGAGUGACCUGCCUGGCUCACUGCCGUGGCUGGAGAGUGGAGGCACUUAGACUCUCAUGGUGGAUUCUGAAGGCAAGAGGGAAUGGCAGCCAUCUUAAGAUAAAAAAAGACUGAACUCAAUGUCCUAGAAAGAAUCACUUCUUGGGUCGGGGAGAGGGUGAGUUUCAGCUUUUCCACAAACGUCUCACUGGUGGAAAGGAGAUGAGUGAGCCAAACGAUAUGUUCCAGAGCCUGGGACCAAAGGGCUUGCCCCCAAACAAUAUUUCAGAUUUGUGAGUCUUGGCAUGUGUAAAGCAAGCCACUGCAACCCCAACUCCUGCUCUCUACCUCUAUCACCCUUGACCUCGACACAGUGAUUUUCACAGUGGACUCCACUCUGAGUCCAGGAGCCAGUCAGUAGCUUGCAGCUGUCUCCCCCAACCGUCACUUUACCCUUGCCGUUUGGACUCUUGGAAACCCUGGGGAACUUGGAGAAUGGGAUGGGUAGAACCUGACAUAUAAUGGGAAAUCAUAUCAGGGACCCACUAUUGGAAGUGGAACUAAAAGUCCUAAAAUUGAUUCAGGCAGUAGAUUGACGCAUGCCACCCGAAAAUACCAUGCCAUGCUUCUUGAAAUAGCCA